AUGAGGGACACCUUCGUCUGCCUCUUUUUUCUUCUCGUCUGCUUGGCGGGAUCGCACGCAAAUUCGUCACAGGCACAGGAGGCUCGGCUAAGAGAAUUUAUCCUGUCCAGAAGGAGCAGUGGCAGUGCGUUCAGUGUACAUGACGAGCCGGCCUUCACGGCCACUAGCAGCCUCAAAUCAGAGUACUCUGGUACUGACCAGAACGCUCAGAAGGCGGCCGACAAGAUUACAACGCUGCCCGGCCAGCCGGCCGGCGGCGUCGGCUUCAACCAGUACAGCGGGUACGUUACUGUCGACGAGAAGAACGGCCGUGCGCUCUUCUACUACUUCGUGGAAGCGAUGCACGAUGCCGCGGCCAACGUCCUCUUCCUGGAGUCACCUGCCGGUGUUGGAUUCUCCUACUCCAACACAUCUUCAGACUAUGAUAAGAGCGGUGAUCAAAGGACCGCGGAGGAUGCAUUCGUUUUCCUGAUCAAUUGGAUCGAGAGGUUCCCUGAGUACAAAGCACGCGCCUUUUACAUCUCCGGGGAGAGCUAUGCCGGACACUACGUUCCGCAGCUCGCAACAGCCAUCCUUGGUCACAAUAUAAAGAGUAAAAGCAAUAUCAUAAAUCUUCAGGCUAUAUUGGUUGGCAAUCCGUACCUGGACGAUAACAAGAACACAAAGGGGCAAAUUGACUACUUGUGGAGCCAUGGGGUGAUAUCAGAUGAGGUGUGGGCAAACAUUACAAAGAACUGCAAAUUCAGUCCUGCGGACGGUAACACGUGCUCUGAUGCUAUGGCAUCAUAUGAUUCUGGAUACAUUAGUGGAUACAACAUAUAUGCUCCUGUUUGCAUCGACGAACCCAAUGGAAACUACUACCCCAGCAGCAAUGUUCCGGGAAUCGAUCCGUGCAGCAACUACUAUAUCCAGGCUUACAUGAACAAUCCCUUGGUGCAGAAGGCUUUCCAUGCUAGAACGACGAAGUGGUCAGUCUGCACUGGAGACUUCGAUGCCGUCUGCCCACUCACCGCCACAAGGUACUCCAUCACUGACCUCGAGCUGUCAGUCAUGGAGCCAUGGCGCCCGUGGACAGCAACCAAAGAGGUUGGAGGCUAUGUUCAGCAGUACACGGGAGGCCUUGUGCUUAUUUCAGUGAGGGGAGCUGGUCAUCAAGUUCCUUAUUUCCAGCCUGAGAGAGCACUAGUACUGCUCAGAUCCUUCUUGAAAGGAACGCUCCCACCUUAUGUAGUGGAGCAGUAA